AACCGCCGUUGUGCGUCGUUACUAAGUCCCUCGCGCCUCCUGGUAACGAGCGCGCGCAACGCAGCGCUGCUCUGUCCUUCAAUAGCGGCCGCUUGCUUGCUGCAGCAUCCCCCUCAUAUCGCUGCUGCUUAAUAUGCCUCUGACAGAGGUAAUUUUGAGUUAACGAGUGUAUAUAUUAAUUUUUUUAUUAUUUUUUUUUUAAACGACCCCCACCACCACACCUGUUCUUGCAAGCGUUUAUUUGGAGCAGCCCUCCCCCCCCCCCCCCCCCAGGGCGCUUGAGAGGGACUGGAGUAACAAAUCAGGAAGAAAAGGAAAUGGCUGAUAGAACUGCACCGAAAUGCCAGCUGCGGUUAGAAUGGGUUUAUGGUUACCGAGGUCACCAAUGCCGGAAUAAUUUAUACUACACCGCUGCCAAGGAGGUGGUCUACUUCGUUGCUGGAGUGGGAAUUGUGUACAACACCAGAGAACACACACAGAAAUUUUUCCUUGGCCACAACGAUGACAUUAUCAGCCUUGCUUUACAUCCAGAAAGAAGUCUAGUUGCAACUGGUCAAGUCGGAAAUGAACCCUAUAUCUGCAUUUGGGAUACAUACAAUGUACAGAUGGUUUCUAUUCUGAAAGAUGUUCAUACACAUGGAAUUGCCUGCUUGGCUUUUGAUUUUGAUGGACAGCGCUUAGCUUCCAUAGGACUAGAUGCCAAAAAUACAGCCUGCAUCUGGGAUUGGAAAAAAGGGAAAGUAGUAGCAACAUCAACUGGUCACUCAGACAGGAUUUUCGAUGUGGCUUGGGAUCCUCAUCAACCAAACAGACUUGUUAGCUGUGGAGUGAAACAUAUUAAGUUCUGGACAUUAUGUGGAAAUGCACUAACACCCAAAAGGGGAAUUUUCGGUAAAACUGGUGACCUUCAAACCAUAUUAUGUUUAGCCUGUGCGAGAGAUGAAACAACAUAUUCUGGUGCUUUAAAUGGUGAUAUUUACGUCUGGAAAGGACUAAAUUUGGUCCGCACAAUUCAAGGAGCCCAUGGAGCAGGAAUAUUUAGUAUGUAUGCCUGUGAAGAAGGUUUUGCUACUGGUGGGAGAGAUGGGUGCAUCCGACUAUGGGAUGGUGACUUUAAACCAAUCACAAAAAUUGACCUUCGAGAGUCUGAACAAGGAUAUAAAGGUCUGUCAAUCAGAAGUGUUUGUUGGAAGGCGGACCGUAUUCUUGCGGGAACCCAGGAUAGCGAAAUAUUUGAAGUGAUGGUUCGCGAACGUGACAAACCUCUCCUGAUAAUGCAGGGCCAUUGUGAAGGGGAGCUUUGGGGCUUGGCAGCCCACCCUAAGAAACCAUUGGUUGUCACAGGCAGUGAUGAUCGAUCUGUACGUUUAUGGAGCCUUGUUGACCAUGCUCUUAUUGCACGUUGUAACAUGGAAGAGGCUGUGCGCUCUGUUGUUUUCAGUAGUGAUGGAUCGCAGCUUGCUUUAGGAAUGAAGGAUGGCUCCUUUACUGUACUCCGAGUCAGAGAUAUGACAGAGGGGGUACAUGGUCCAUGUAAAGACCGAAAAGAGGUAAUUCAUGAAAUGAAAUAUUCUCCAGAUGGAUCUUACCUGGCUGUGGGUUCAAAUGAUGGCCUGGUUGAUAUCUAUGCAGUUUCACAGCGAUACAAGAAAGUUGGCGAAUGCAGCAAGUCAUCUAGUUUCAUUACACAUAUUGACUGGUCCAUUGAUAACAAACAUCUGCAAGUCAAUGAUGGUGCUGGAGAAAGACUAUUUUACAAAAUGCCUUCUGGGAAGCAUUUAACAAGUAAAGAUGAAAUAAAGGGGAUUCAUUGGGCUACCUGGACUUGCAUAAUUGGACCUGAAGUGAAUGGAAUUUGGCCUAAGUAUACGGACAUCAUGGAUAUCAAUUCUGUGGAUGCGAACUUUGGCAGUGCUGCUCUUGUCUCUGGUGAUGACUUUGGAUUGGUCAAACUCUUUAGGUUUCCUUGUUUGAAAAAAGGAGCAAAAUUCCGAAAAUAUGUUGGACAUUCUGCUCAUGUUACUAAUGUACGUUGGUCAUAUGAUUUUCAGUGGAUAAUGAGCACAGGUGGUGCCGAUCACUCUGUAUUUCAGUGGCGAUUUAUUCCUGAAGGAAUGAUGAAUGGAGGAUUUGAUGAACCACCAGAAGGUUAUGCUGAUUCCAAUAGUGAAGAAUCUGAUUCAGAUCUAUCAGAUAUUGCAGAAUUGGAUUCUGACAUAGAACAAGAAGUACAGAUCAGUUACGAACGUCAGGUUUACAAAGAAGAUCUACCUCAGCUCAAACAGCAAAGCAAAGAGAAAAAACAAGCAGCAGCUCCUCGAAAAAGAGAGAGAGCGCCUGAAGGAAGUUUGAAACUGCAAUUUGUCCAUGGCUACAGAGGAUAUGACUGUCGAAAUAAUCUCUUCUACACCCAAGCCACUGAAGUGGUCUACCAUGUUGCUGCUGUUGCCAUUGUUUACAACCGACAACAGCAUUCGCAGCGAUUCUAUCUCGGACAUGAUGAUGAUAUCCUCAGUCUAAUCAUUCAUCCAGUCAAGGAUUAUGUGGCCACUGGGCAGCUUGGACGGGAUCCAUCAAUACAUGUUUGGGAUACUCAGACACUUAAAUGUUUAUCAUUGCUGAAAGGACAGCACCAGCGAGGAGUAUGUGCACUUGAUUUUUCAUCUGAUGGAAAAAGUUUGGUAUCAAUUGGUUUGGAUGACAACCAUACUAUAAUUAUAUGGGACUGGAAAAAGGGAGAAAAACUGGCAACAUCAAGGGGACAUAAAGAUAAGAUAUUUGUAGUGAAAUGCAAUCCUCAGCAUGCCGACAAGCUUGUUACUGUUGGGAUCAAACAUAUAAAAUUUUGGCAACAUGCAGGUGGUGGCCUUACUUCUAAACGGGGAAUAUUUGGUAACAUGGGGAAAUUGGAGACAAUGAUGUGUGUGGCAUAUGGUCGAAUGGAAGACAUGAUUUUCUCUGGAGCUGCAAGUGGAGAUAUUUACAUCUGGAAAAAUAACCUUCUACUCAAGACCGUCAAAGCCCACGAUGGGCCUAUAUUUGCUUUACAUGCCUUGGAUAAGGGAUUUGUAACGGGUGGCAAAGAUGGUAUUGUUGAACUCUGGGAUGAUAUAUUUGAAAGGUGUUUAAAGACAUAUGCUAUCAAGAGAGCAGCCCUAUCAUCCAGCUCGAAAGGUUUACUUUUAGAAGACAAUCCUUCAUUGCGUGCCAUUACAUUGGGUCAUGGGCAUAUACUUGUUGGAACCAAGAAUGGUGAAAUACUUGAAAUAGAUAAAAGCGGAGCCAUGACUCUGUUAGUUCAGGGUCAUAUGGAAGGAGAGGUUUGGGGACUGGCAGCCCACCCUACUCUUCCUGUCUGUGCUACUGUUAGUGAUGACAAAACAUUACGAAUUUGGGAACUCUCCUUCAAUCAUCGUAUGUUAGCUGUACGUAAACUUAAAAAAGGUGGGAGAUGUUGUACUUUUUCACCAGAUGGAAAAGUCAUAGCAGUUGGGCUAAAUGAUGGAAGUUUUCAUGUAGUCAAUGCUGAUACGUUGGAAGAUAUAGUGGCUUUUCACCACAGGAAGGAAAAUAUAUCAGAUGUCAAAUUUUCUACAGAUGCAGGGAAAUAUCUAGCAGUAGCUUCCCAUGACAACUUUGUCGAUAUCUACAAUGUGCUUUCAAGUAAAAGAGUAGGCAUAUGUAAAGGAGCUUCCAGUUACAUUACUCAUAUCGACUGGGAUGCAAGAGGGAAGUUAUUGCAAGUUAAUUCGGGUGCCAAAGAACAUCUAUUUUUUGAAGCACCAAGAGGGAGGAGGCAAACAAUUAGAAAUACAGAGAUAGAGAAAAUAGACUGGGCUACAUGGACAUGUGUUUUAGGACCCACUUGUGAAGGAAUCUGGCCUACCCAUAGUGACAUAACGGAUAUCAAUGCAGCCUGUCUAACUAAAGGCAGAAAACGUUUGGUCACUGGGGAUGACUUUGGUUUUAUUAAGCUCUUUUCGCAUCCCGUCAAGGGUCAAUAUGCAAAGUUUAAAAAAUAUGUGGGCCACAGUGCACAUGUGACGAAUGUGAGAUGGGCACAAGAUGAUAGUUUGUUGCUGUCAGUGGGUGGUGCCGAUACUGCUCUGAUGAUCUGGAGUCAAGAAACUGAUGGACACAGGGACAAGAAGUCCGUGGACAGUGAGGAAUCUGAUACUGACACUGACGAGGAUGGAGGGUAUGACAGUGAUGUUGCAAGAGAGAAAUCCAUCGAUUACACAACCAAAAUCUAUGCAGUUAGUAUCAGGGAGAUGUCAGGCACAAAGCCUCCUCUACAGCCAAAAGAAGUUUCAACAGAGGAAAGACCACCUGUUAGCAGAGCUGCUCCUCAACCAGAGAAACUGCAAAAGAACAAUAUUACCAAGAAGAAGAAAGUAGUGGAGGAAUUUGUGUUGGAACAUGUUUUUGGAUAUAGAGGCUUUGACUGUCGCAACAAUCUUCAUUAUCUCAAUGAUGGAAGUGAUAUUAUUUUUCACACAGCAGCCGCUGGCAUAGUUCAGAACCUGUCAUCAGGUCUGCAAAGUUUUUAUGUGGAACAUACAGAUGACAUACUUUGUCUGACUGUCAAUCAACAUCCAAAAUACAAAAAUGUUGUGGCAACUGGGCAAAUAGGUGAUAUUACAGACACAUCAGGAGCAACUCCAUCUAUUCAUGUGUGGGAUGUCAUCAGCAAGCAGACACUUUCUAUCCUACGUUGUUCUCAUAAUAAGGGUGUCGGUUAUGUUAACUUCAGUGCUACAGGCAAGUUGCUGUUAUCAGUGGGUGUCGAUCCUGAACAUACUAUCAUUAUUUGGAGAUGGCAAGAAGGUGCCAAAGUUGCUAGCAAAGCGGCCCAUAGCGAGAGGAUUUUUGUGGUUGAGUUUCGUCCCGAUUCGGAUACACAAUUUGUAUCUGUGGGGGUGAAGCAUAUAAAAUUUUGGACCUUAGCUGGUGGAGCAUUGCUUUCAAAAAAGGGGAUUAUUGGGACUGUGGAUGAUGCGAAGAUGCAAACCAUGCUAUCUGUUGCCUUUGGUGCAAACAAUCUUACUUUCUCUGGUGCCAUAAAUGGGGAUGUGUAUGUCUGGAAGGAUCACGUGGUAAUCCGAGUUGUAGCAAAAGCCCAUACAGGACCCGUGUUUACAAUGUACACAACGUUAAGGGAUGGCUUGAUUGUCACUGGAGGCAAGGAAAGACCGACAAAAGAAGGAGGUGCAGUGAAGCUCUGGGAUCAGGAAAUGAAGCGAUGUCGAGCAUUCCAGCUGGAGACAGGACAAUCUUUGGACUGUGUGCGCUCUGUCUGCAGAGGAAAGGGGAAAAUACUGGUGGGAACGAAAGAUUGCGAGAUAAUUGAAGUUGGGGAAAAGAAUGCAGCAUCAAACAGCUUAAUCAAUGGGCACAUGGAAGGAGAGAUUUGGGGCCUUGCCACACACCCUUUGAAAGAUCUCUUGAUCUCUGCAAGUAAUGAUGGCACGAUAAGAAUCUGGGACUUGGCUGAUAAAAAAUUGCUAAACAAAGUAAACCUUGGAUAUGGCGCAAAGUGUGCUGCUUACAGUCCUGAUGGAGAAAUGGUAGCGAUCGGGAUGCAAAAUGGAGAAUUCAUUAUACUACUUGUCAAUUCUCUGAAAGUGUGGGGCAAGAAGCGGGAUCGAAGUGCUGCCAUCCAGGAUACCAGUUUUAGCCCCAAUUCCAUGUUCCUGGCAGUGGGUUCUGCAGAAAAUACUGUUGAUUUUUAUGAUCUCACACAAGGGCCUACUUUAAACCGAAUAGGCUACUGCAAAGAUAUCCCUAGUUUUGUUAUCCAAAUGGACUUCUCAGCUGAUAGCAAACACAUUCAGGUAUCCACAGGUGCCUACAAGCGUCAGGUGCAUGAAGUUCCAUCAGGAAAGCAAGUAAUUGACCAGGCAAUAAUUGAGAAAAUCACAUGGGCUACAUGGACAAGUAUUUUAGGAGACGAAGUACUUGGAAUUUGGCCACGAAAUGCUGAGAAAGCAGAUGUCAACUGUGCCUGUGUAUCUCAUGCUGGAUUAAACUUAGUGACAGGGGAUGACUUCGGUUUGGUGAAACUUUUUGAUUUUCCUUGCACUGAAAAAUAUGCCAAAUACAAGCGUUAUUUUGGCCAUUCUGCACAUGUGACAAAUGUACGUUUUACCCAUGAUGACAAAUAUGUUGUCAGUGCUGGAGGUGAUGACUGCAGUGUAUUUGUUUGGCGAUGCCUUUGAAGAAAACACUCCAGGACUAUUUCAUUCAUAAAAUGGAAUCCUAAAUGCCUCAAUAACAACUUGGCUGCUAGAAAGCAAAAAUGCUUAAAAGGUGCAUAUAUUUAAGACAUGUGUUUGUGUAAAUGAUCAACUUGGGUCCACUAAACAUAUAUUGUGAUUUUGAAGCCUGCGAUGUGAAUAUCACUGAAGAUGCUGAAAAUGAGGACUGCAAUAGUCAGUUUUUGACUAUGAAACAGCGACAGAUUAAUUAGUGUAAAGAAAAUCACUUGUGGUUUCUGAAGUGAACUCUUUAGCGGAUGUUUGUGUAUUGGAGCAAUUGUGGAUCUUGGUGACAUCAGCAUGUCCCCUGAACCAAACACACAAGUUCAUUGUGGAGGUGAUAAUCAUAGAAUGAUUUUAUAACUAGAUUCUUGCAGCAAAAUGCGAUAUCAAUAUCAGAAAAGAUGCACUUUUUUUUUAACGUGUACAUUUUUAUUCAAGAUAGAAUGUACAAAUUAUUUUAUCAGUACAGAGGCUUUUGUAUGUUUAUAUAUUUCUUAAAGGUGCAAAAGGCUUGCUUCACAAAUACAAUAUGACUGGUUCAUCUAUUGCGAUAAAUUGCUGCUGGGUAUGUUUACAGUCACUGCAUUUCAUCUUACAAGUACCUUCACUAGGAGAAAAUCGAAAAUCAAAAUUGUAGACAUUGCUGAAGAGUAUUAAAGGUGGUCCACAGAUUUCUUCAUACUAUUGAGUCUGUCUCAAUUCAGGGAAAUUCGACUUAAAUGAGAUUCAGCAUUCUUAAACAGGGUUGUAGCCAGAUCAGUCUGGAUUGGCAGAGAAGGAAUUGUUGAAUCAUAGUCAGAUAGCAUGAAAGCAGAACUGAAAACAAUACUCCAGGUGUGACACCAACAAAGUCUUGUAUAAUGAACAUAACAUCCCAACUUCUAAACUGUAUUCCUUGACUGAUGGCCAACUCAAAAGGCUCCUUCACCACCUUAUCUACCUGUGAUGCCACUUUCGGGAAACUGUGUACUUGUACUCCGAGAUCUCUCUCCUCUGCAACACUCCCCAUGCCAACCGUACACUAUGAAAGACCCUCUGUAUUUCGUGAUAACCAUUUUCAGUCUAUAAUACUACAUAUUUUAAUGAUUGCAAACCUACAAAUCAUGCCUUGUACAUUCUCAUCCAAUUUGUGGAUUAAAAUGAUAAAUGGGCCCAACACUGAUCCUUGAGGCUCAUCACUAAUCACCAGUCUGAAAAUAACUUCCACCAACAACUCUCUGCUUCCUACAAUGAGCCAAUUGUGUAUCCAGUUAGCUAGCUCUCCCUGGAUCCUCUGCCAUCUAACCUUCCAGAGCAGCCUACGAUAUGGAGGCUUAACAAAGGCCUUACCAUGUCGACAACCCUAUCUUGUCAAGCUUCUCAGUCAUUUCUUAAAAAAACUCAAUCUGAUUCAUGAGACGCAAUUUCUCAUGCACAAACCAACCCCCGUCUUUCCAAGUGCAUGUGUAUCUCUUCACUGCAUUUUCCUACCGCGCAUGCUAGUCUUACUGAUCUAUGGUUCCCAGAUUUUUCUGUUUGUUUCUUCUAGCUCAGUAUAAUCCUGAAUCAAUUUUCCUGCUCGAGGAUAAUUUCAUGUGCAGGAUUGACACCCAGCAGUCAGUUUUGCUAAUGUGGGAAAAUUGGGUAUUGUUGCAGUGGCAUAAGCACUGCAAAGCAAAGGGAUCUGAGACCAGAUGAAAGGGGUAAGAAACCCCAAAGACAAAUUUUAUUAAAUUAUUUAGUUCUAACUGAAGCCUUUACCAGACUGAAGUGGAAGGAGAGAAAGUCACGACCAUGCCCUCUUCAAUUACAUAACUUUGAAACAUAGGUUUUGGUACCUCUGUACUUGCAGGCGAUUUAAAUGUUUGAUGACCUUUCAGCUGCAAUAAGUGAUGGACAGUUAAUCAACAAUAAUUAGAUGGAGGGCAAAAGGUGCUAUAAAGAAACGCUGGUAAUUGACUCUUCCAGUGAUGUGUGAGGAGUGCCUGACAGUGCAAGCGCAGGCACGCGAUUCACAAUUUAUGAAGUGUUCUGGAGCCUUUCUUUUAAGGUUUUUCUGGUGCAUUAAAGGUAAUUGUGAAUUUUAUCUUUGAUGACUGCCUUUGCCAACAGAUAGCUCCCAAAUAUAGGAGGAGGUUCAUGUUCUCCAGGGUGUCGCCAUGAAUCUUUAUUGUUAUAGGUGCAGAUAGGACAGUUCUUAGCGGAUUUAUGCCUUGCAAAUGUUGAGUGAACUGUCAAUGAAGGCUUGUAGCUCAAGCCACAAAGUACACACAAUUGCAUACCUCAUCUGCAUACUGUAGAUUAACUAUUGCUGUUUGGAUAAAUCUUAUUCAAAAAUGUUAUCCACAUUGGCUGAAAGGUUCCCCGUUAGACAUGUUUAGGUCCACCGCACACUUGAUUUAAGGAACAGCUCAGUGGUAAUUGAAAAAAGUUUGAUCUGUUGUCCUGAAAUCAAAUGCAUUGAAACAAUUCAAGUUGACUUUUCUGUGCAUUGACAGAAUUUUAUUUAGUCAAAAUAUUAUGGUUAUAUACAAUUUGGUUCUAUGAAAAGAAAUCUAAAGUAAAAAUAAGAUUGUAAAUACAUUGCAGAUUAUUGAAAAGACUGAUUUUUAUUUUGUCCCAAUUUCCCUUUGGAGUAAGACUUUAUAUUUUGAAGUGCAAUUAUUUUACAUCACUUCAGCAGGUUUCUAUAUUGAUCUAUAUUUCCAAAUCAUGUGUCAGCAUUGUGCAUUAAAGAAUGUCUUCGCAAUAUUGCUGUUGUGUCUGUGAAGCUGCUUUUUCUAAUGCCAUGCCAUUUGUAUGUUAGUUCUAUUUUGAUGUAUUUCACUGAAAAAAAUUAUGGCCAUCUGACUUGUAAGGUUCUUUGCACAAGUGCCUUUGUACAAUUCUACAUACAGUUACCCAUUGAUUUAGUUUUGCAAUAUAAAUAUCAACCA